UAAGUGCCUGGUACCUAUGCAAGGGAUUUUCCUACCCUUUUUAGGUGCAUUAUCUUGCAUCCUCGAUUAUUCAUAAUCUUUAGAUUUCCAAGUCAUCACGUCAAUUCCAUCAAAACGACCACUUCAUCAUCAGACUUCCAUCAUGAGUCCCAGUGCCCUUAAUGGGGAGGCGGCUGUCGGGCCAGAGGGGCCGCGACAGAAAAGCAAAGCGACGAUCGAGACGCUCCGAGUGGGAUGCAUCGCCAUGGUUGAGAAGAAUGGACAGGCUCGUCGCGCCGAAAUCCUGAGCAUCAAAGACACCAAAAGCGGUCGGCAAUUCUACUGCAACUUUGAUAAUUUCAACAAACGUCUCGAUGAAUGGGUCCCCGCCAAGCGCAUAGACUUCAGCUACGAUGUCGAGUGGCCAAACCCCGACAAGGACAAGCAGAAGGAUGGCAAGGGCAAAAAUACGACGGUGUCGAAAAAGAAGGCCCCGCCGAGCAAGGCACAAAAACGACCCGCGAAAAGGGAGCAAUCCGUCGUGUCGGAAACCGUCACACCUCGUCCGUGGCCUGAGCCAUCCGAAACCCAACCCCCAUCCAAAGCGCCUUCGACGCCGAGAGAUCUCGAACAGAAGUCUGCCGGGACACCUGCCGUCGGAGGCGACGAGAUGGAUAUAGAUGAGGACGAGCAGGCCCCUGAAGUCAAGAAAGAAGUCGAGUUUAGUAGAGAGGCCGAAAUCGAGAAGUUAAGAACGGGCGGUUCAAUGACACAAAACCCUACCGAACUGGCUCGGAUACGAAACAUAUCGAAGGUACAGUUCGGCGAGCACGAUCUAUUCCCCUGGUAUUUCUCUCCGUACCCCGAGUCCUUCACCCAAGAGGACGUCAUUUUCAUAUGUGAGUUCUGUCUGAGCUACUAUGGCGAUAAGAAGUCUUUCACCAGGCAUCGACAGAAGUGCACAUUGCAGCACCCGCCCGGAAACGAGAUCUACCGUGAUGACUACGUCUCGUUCUUCGAGAUCGAUGGUCGCCGGCAGCGCACCUGGUGCCGAAACCUGUGCCUAAUCUCUAAAAUGUUUCUUGACCAUAAGACACUCUAUUAUGACGUAGACCCCUUCUUGUUCUACGUGAUGACGCAAAAGACUGAGAAAGGCCACCAUCUCGUCGGGUACUUCUCCAAGGAGAAGGAGAGUGCGGAUGGAUACAACGUCGCUUGUAUUCUGACCCUCCCCCAGUAUCAGCGAAAAGGGUUCGGUCGAUUGCUCAUUCAGUUUUCUUAUGAACUCUCUAAGAUCGAGGGCAAGCUUGGAUCUCCCGAGAAACCACUAUCGGAUCUGGGACUUCUUAGUUACCGACAGUACUGGUCAGAGAAUAUCAUAGACUUAUUGCUAGAGCUGAAUGACCGCGACGAAAAGUCGAGCAUUGAGAGCAUCUCUACGUCUCUCGCUAUGACUACGCAGGACGUGGAACACACGCUCCAGGCCCUCAAGAUGCAGGUGUAUCAUAAGGGAGAGCAUAAGCUCGUGUUGCCGGAAUCGAUGAUCCAACAACGAGAAAAGGCCAAAUUAAAGAAGAAGCGAUACAUAUCGCCGGAGAAUAUUCAAUGGAAACCGCCCGUCUUCACGGCUUCAAGUCGGACAUGGGGUUGGUAAUCGCUACACAGAUAUGCGUUUCCUCUGGCGUGGUGUUUCCAUAGGGUUGUUAUUGUACAAUAGGAAAAGCGAGCGAUUGUCAUGCAACAAACUAGAUACCCAGAACUUGUUUUCAAAAUUCAUAUUAUGCUUGAUGACAGAUAGCUCUUGGAAUCAUAUCAUAAUGCACUUUUUAUAAUUAUGAACAUGAC